CAAUUUCAGGUCCAAUUCCAGUGUCUUUUGGAAAUCUUUCAUCUUUGACAAACCUAGAUUUUUCAAAUAAUCAAUUCAGCGGAACUCUCCCUCAAAAUUUGGGGCAAUUAAAAAAUCUAGUCGAUCUUUCUUUUUCAAAGAAUUCAAUUUCAGGUCCAAUUCCGAUGUCUUUAGGAAAUCUUUCAUCUUUGGCAAACCUGGACUUUUCACAUAAUCUGUUUAAUGGAACUCUCCCUCAAAAUUUUGGACAAUUGAAAAAUCUAGUGAGACUUGAUUUUUGGAAUAAUUCAAUUUCGGGUCCACUUUCAGUGUCUUUUGGAAAUCUUUCAACUUUGACAUACCUGGAUCUUUCCUAUAAUGAAUUUAGUGGAACUCUCCCUCAAAAUUUUGGGCAACUUUCCAAACUAAACACUUUAUAUAUUGAAUCAAAUAUGCUUGAAGGUGUUGUGACUGAAGUUCAUUUUUCCAAUUUAACAAGUUUGAUCAAACUUUAUGCAUUUGGAAACCAUUUGACUUUGGAAGUAAGUAACAAUUGGAAUCCUCCUUUUCAGCUUGAGUCUUUAAGCUUUCAAUCAUGGAAUUUAGGGCCAAAUUUUCCUGCAUGGCUUUGUUCACAAAGACAUCUUCAGAAUUUGGAUAUAUCAAAUACAGGGAUUUCCGGUGUUGUUCCCCCUUCAUUUUGGAACUUGUCUUCUCAGUUUGUCUCUCUAAAUCUGUCCCAGAAUCUACUCUAUGGAGAGAUAGUAAACAGUCUCAUGAAUUGGUCUUCUGAUUCCGUGAUUGAUCUAAGUUCAAAUCAUUUCAAUGGGUUGUUACCUUUUAUAUCCUCUAAGGUAAUUGUGCUAGAUCUUUCUAAAAACUCGUUCUCAAAAUCUAUUUCUCACUUUCUGUGUUUCAAGAUAAAUGAGCCCAAACAAAUAGAAGUUCUUAAUCUUGAAAGAAAUCUUUUAUCUGGAAAAAUACCUAAUUGUUGGAUGAAGUGGAAUAGCUUGGUGGCCCUGAACUUGGGAAACAACAAUUUCAUUGGCAGCAUUCCAACAUCCAUUGGAUCUUUGACCCUUCUUAAGUCUUUGCACCUAUACAACAACAAAUUCUCUGGAAAACUACCAUUUUCAUUGAAAAAUUGUGAGAAGUUAGUGACUAUUGAUGUUGCUGAAAAUGAGUUUGUUGGGCGCUUACCUUCCUGGAUAGGACAUAGAUUUUCAAGCUUGAUGAUUCUCAACUUCCGCUCAAAUAAUUUCCAUGGUCACAUACCAGAUCAACUUUGUGCUUUAACUUCACUUCAGAUUUUGGACCUUUCUUAUAAUAAUCUAUCUGGAAGCAUACCUAGAUGUGUUAAAAAUUUUAGUGCCAUGGCCACAAAAAAUAAUUCUAAUCACAUCAUGUGGCUUAUUUCCUUGACAUUUUAUUAUGGUGAAACUCUCCCACUUGAAAGUGCUUUGCUUGUGAUAAAGGGGAAAAUUUUUGAGUAUAGCACCAUUCUCCAACUGGUAAAAAGUAUAGACUUUUCCAAGAAUAGUUUAUCAGGAGAGAUCCCCAAAGAAGUUACCUAUCUUCAAGGAUUAGAAUUUUUAAAUUUGUCAUAUAAUCUCUUCAGUGGAAGUAUUCCUGAGAAUAUAGGUAGUAUGGGAUCACUGGAAUCCAUUGAUUUCUCUUUGAACCAACUUUCAGGCCACAUUCCCUCAAGCAUGUCAAGUUUGACAUUUUUAAAUCAUUUGAAUUUGUCAAACAACAAUUUGACUGGGAAAAUCCCUUUAAGUACUCAACUACAAAGCCUAAAUCCUUCUGGUUUUAUUGGAAACAAACUCUGCGGACUACCACUUACUGAAAAUUGUACAAAUGGUGUAAAACCCAACAAUGAAAACAUAGGGAGUAAAACAACUGGUGGACUUGAAGUGGAUUGGUUCUAUGUGAGCAUGGCACUCGGCAUUGUGAUUGGUUUUUGGAGCGUAUGUGGUCCUUUACUAUUGAACAAGCAAUGGAGAAUUAUCUACUUUCAAUUCCUAGAUCAAAUGGGGUACAAGCUUAAGGGUGUUAUUUCAUUGAUAUUUAAAACUAGAUGGUUCAUUUUUAAAGAGUCAUGGUUAUGCUUGGAAAGGACCAACACUGAAAGGUACUGUAAGGGGAUUUGGCAACUUAAUUGGGAUUAGCCAUAUGCAAGAUUUACCCAUUUUUGGUUCCCUACUUAGGUGGACAAUUUCUCAAACAUCAUAUUGAAGACGAACAUGAAGCUUGCAACUUGCAACUUGCAACUUGCAUGUCAAGCUCAAUAGUGUCCAAUGGAAUACUUUAUCCCACUUGCAAGAAAGUUUGUAGUGUAUGUGAAGGUCCUAUUUACAAGUCUUCAGAGAACCAUAACCCUAGCAUACAUGAAAAUUUACUUAUUAAUAAAGCAUACAUGAAAAUUCUCAUGUGUCGAGAUAAUCAAACCAUAAACAGUACUAUAGUA